AUGCUUAUUGAUUAUGCUUUAUUUGGAGAUGUAGUUGCCUUUGAUACUACCUUUGGUACAAAUAAAGAGCAUAGACCACUUGGUGUAUUUGUUGGUUUUAACCAUUUCAGGGAGACAACAGUUUUUGGUGCAGCUCUUUUAUACGACGAAACGGUUGAAUCUUUUAAAUGGUUGUUCGAAACAUUUCUAGCAACACAUGGCAACAAGAAGCCAAAGACUAUUUUCACUGACCAAGAUAUUGCUAUGGGAAAGGCCAUUUUAGAGGUGAUACCUGAUGUGUGGCAUGGAUUAUGUACUUGGCAUAUUACAGAAAAUGCAACCAAGCACAUAUUACGUGAUGGAUUAGAUGUUCUUCGUGCAUUCAAAGCCUGUAUGUAUGAUUACAAAGAAGAAGCGGAGUUCGAAAAGGCAUUCGAAGCAUUGCGUGGCAAAGUCACCAAAGGUACUUGGUUAGAUAGUAUAUAUGCUUUGAAAAGAAAAUGGGCAGAAUGUUACAUGACAAAUGUGUUUUCUCUAGGGAUGCGAAGUACUCAGUUAAGUGAAAGCUUUAAUAAAGACUUAAAAGACUAUCUAAAAUGCAACAUGGAUAUAAUACGGUUUUUUAAACAAUUUGAGAGAGUUCUUGGAUUAAAGUGUCAAAACGAGUUGAACAAUGAGUUUGAUUCAAGAGAAAAACUACCAAGAAUUAAGAUGAAGAGAACGCCUUUACUUAGGCAAGUUAGCCAAAUAUAUACUCCUAAUAUUUUUGAAGCAUUUCAAGAUGAAUAUGAGUGGUCAACAGCGGCUUAUAUUAAGCCAUGUGUUGAAGGUCAACUUACCAAUGAAUAUAGAGUUGUAAUUUCCGACCCUGAGAAUGACAAUUGUUUUGGAAAAGAGUAUCAACUAUUGGAUGAUCCUUCGACCAAAACUGUUUCAUGUAGUUGCAAAAUGUUUGAAAGAUUGGGGUUAUUAUGUUCUCAUGCAUUAAAGGUUCUUGAUACUAUGAACAUUAAAUUAGUUCCUGAGAAAUAUAUUUUAAAACGUUGGACUAAAGAAUCUAGGAGUGAAUUUGUGGAAGAUAUUUCUGGAAGGGCUAUUCUUGAGGACCCUCGGUUGGAUGCUACUCGUAGAUAUAAAUCAUUGUGUCAAAAAUUAGUGAAAGUUGCUUCGAGAGCCUCUAAUUUUGAAGAAUCAUCAUCACUUUUAGAGAAUGGGUUAAAUAAUUUGAUUUCUGAGGUUGAUAAGUUAUUUAUGAGCCUUGCUAUCGAAAAGGGUAGAGCUUCUUCUGAUGUGAAUUCAAGUGAACAACUACAAGCAUGUGUUUCUAACAAUAUUACUUUGAAACCAAAAGAGGGGAAAAAAGGAGGAAAGCGAAGACAAAAUUGGACUGGAAAAUUUCAUGAUGCAAGUACUCAAGUCUCUCGGUCAAAGCAGACAAAACAUAACAAGAAGAAAGUGCCAAAUCAUCCAAAUUCAGAAAAUAUACCACCACAGGUAAGCCGUAAUCAUAACUUCAUAAAAUAG